AUGAUCGUCAAUCUCAGAUUUCUGCUGAGACCUCUGGUGGCACUGGGAAUUGUCGGUGAGAGCCUUCAAGCAGGCCUCAGAUAUGAACAACGCUACACACCCGUCGCGGCCAGUGAGCUUGGAACCCCUCCGUUCCGGAUGAAAGUCUGGUGCAGUGACAAGGAGGGAAUUCCGCUCAAGGUUCUUAAACCGUAUAUUUCCGACUUCUGCGAUAAUCAUGUUUACACACAACCGGGCGAGGUCGCCAGCGCCGUAAUGGAAUACCCACUCAUGGACCCUUGGAACCACUGGACGGUAACCUUUGCAUGGUCCACAAGAUUGAUUUACGGGGACAGGAACUGCGAGCGUGAUUAUCAGGCACUGGCUAGCAAAGAGGGCUGCGGCAUGUUCGAAACCAAAAGGGGGAGGAUAGUGGUCUCCACGAAAGCACAAGGCAAAGAACACACUGGUGCAGAAAAAUCUGGGUCAUUACCCCUCCGCAAGAGCCAGACAUCCCGGACGGAGACUGAGUAUUCGAUGCUAGCAACAUACACCAAAUGA